UUCUGGCCGUCUUGCUAUCUGCCAGAGCAGUUCUACCCUCCCUUUGGGGGGCAUGUACACUAACAUCUUCAGCAAUUAUCACAAGCAAGUGAUUAUUGGGACCUUUACACCUUUUGGAUGUGGUAGCAUUUCUUUCCCUAAAAGCCAGGUAAUAUCGAUGAUGUUUAAUCAGGAUGGAGGCAUAGUGAUCAGUAGAACUGGAAAUAUCCUAAGAGAAUGGAUGUGGCCUUUGAAGGGAAAGCUUAAAGAUCCAGUUGAAGUUACGGUGAAUAAGUACAUUACUGUGGAAGUUUCAGGACGCUUUGCUAUCACCUUAACCUACAUAGCAUAUGCCAAAGUUGUCAAGCUGUCUUUGGCACCAGUGAAGUGCAAGUCUUGCUGUCCUUGCUUACCUGAGUCGUUAUUCCGUGAUGCCAGUGCCAUCUCCCGAGAGGCAAAGGAACUAUACAAGAUCUAUAAAAUAAAAUGCAAGCAAAUGAAACCCAUCGCACGGGAGAAACAUCGUCCAAGUUUAUCAGAUCCAGUGGAUGUAGCUUCAUUUGAUCCAGUUAUGGACAUCAGCAUUAUGUAUGACAUUAAAACAGUGAUCACAAUCAGAAAACUUCAGAGAAAGGUCAAGCACAUCCUGCUUCACUGGCUGGAUCACUACAGACUUGCAGUGGGGCUACAGUCGCUACACGUUUGUGGAAUUCCCAGGUUUCUUCAGGAUGUGGCCAAGAAAGAAGUUCCGUCAGCAGAAUUUCCUCUGCCACAAAGUGCAACGGAAAAAGAUGAGAGCAGGGAGUACCUCCGGUACAGGUACACCUUCCUAAAGCUGAAGGGCAUCUACAGGCUUUCACCUCUCCAUUACAUCCAGAAGACCACAGUGAGCAAGAAGUUCCCCCGAAACCCUCUCCCCGUGUUGGGCAUGGACGCAGUCCAGCUGGCUUGCCCUGUGGUGCUGAGGAGGGCCUUGCGUGGCAAGGAAGGCGAUGAAUGCCGAUGCAGCGCUUCCAGUAUCCCGGAAGUGACUGACCUGGAGUAUGAUUAUCUCAUAGGCAAUCAGCUGACCUCCUUGGAUCAGAUCAUUAUCGUUUAUGUGUUUGCAGCUAAGGAAAAGGACAACUGUAUGAGAGAAGUGGUCAAGCUGUACAGGGAACUAAAUAGAUCUAGACGUAUGCCCUGUUUUGAGAGUCGUUUGGAUUCCUUUCGACUUUUAAAAUACAGCAUCAUCUCUGCAUCUAAAUUUACCGGUGGCAAGAGUCCGCUUCUGGUUGAAAGACACAAUGUUGUCCCAGGAAUUUUUUUGAUGUACAUUCAAGGAAAACUAUUAUUUGCCAAUUUCAUUUUCAAUGGAUACAGCACAUCUGCUAAAGACCUUCAAAAGCAAGUUGAGAAGACAAGGAACGAUUUCCUUAUGGGUUAUUUCCUACCCAGUGACUUCAGAAUCCAGUAGAGUAACAAUCUACAUUCUGCCUUAUUUCAGACUUGCAAUUAGUAAAUUCCUUACAAGGGCCAAAUAGCCAUAUACUGCUUGCCACAAUUUCCCCCCCCCCCUGAAAAUCGAUGGUUUCUUUAGUUAAAACUUUAUUUCAAGAGUUGGCAAAUAGCUCACUUGGAUAGUGUACUUGAUGUCAUGUGCAUGACCCAGGUUUGAGCUGGCCCCCACGUCACUGAAGGAAGUUUCAUGCUGAGGUGUCUCUGUCUCUGCUUCUCACUCUCUA